GCGACCAUGAUCAAACAUUGCCGCCACUCUUGCCACUUGGCAUCUGGCAUCAGGACCAUUUCAUGACUGACUACGAUUUGACACCAGCAGGUUUCGUGGAACUUCUGCUCAUCGACAGGUCCCUUUGACUCAGCCGUCGCCAGAUAUCCACUAGGCUUGCCCAUCGAGCCCAGCAAGCCACAACCUAACCCUACUGACUCGAAGCCACAUCCUUCACUGUUACUGCGACAACCAUCCCAAUCAAAUUGUAAGCCCACUGCAUCGCCAUGAGGGUCACCGUCUUUGGCGCGUCGGGAGUUCAGGGCGCGGCGCAGGUCGCAGCGCUGACUCGUGCUGGCCACCACCCCGUCGCAGUCAGUCGCAAUCCCAAGCCACUUCAGAUCGACGGCAAGGAGGUCGAGACCGUCGCGGCAGACUUUGCAGACCAUGAUGCUGUCAAACGGGCAGUCCAGGAUGCCGACAUCGUGUUUCUUAACCUCCCCUCGACUUCAUUCCAGCCAGAGGAGCCGGUCAUCGCCGCUGCACGCACGGUCGGACAGGUCGUCAAGGACUCCCCAAGUGUCCGCCUCAUCGUCUUCAACACAAGCAUGCCUGUCCCCGACGAGUCACAGAAGAUUGAGGCUCAGGACCAUCGGCGGCAGAUGCGCGACAUGAUUCGCGACAUGGGCGUGCCCCUCAUCAGUCUCCAGCCCGUCUGCUUUCUCGACAAUCUGCUCGAGGGAUGGGCAUUGCCCCCAAUCCGGGACCACGACACGGUCACGUACUGCCACAAGCCCACGCUUGACGUGUCGUGGAUCUGCCAUGACGACAUUGCAAAGCUCAUGAUGGCGGCAAUGGUACGACCAGAGCUGGCGGGCCGCAACAUCCCCAUCGGCGGGCCGGAAACUGUCCGCCUGCCGCAGCUGACCGAACGGCUCGCUCGGGGAUGGUCGAAGCCACGGCUCAAGUAUGAGUUCCAGACUGUGGAUGACUUCUGUGUCAAGAUGGAUCGAGCCAUGCGGGCGAGAGCAAACAUUGACGCCGAUUAUCUCAUCGACAAGAUGCACCGAGCGUACACGUGGUACAAUGACUCUCCCACCGAGCCAUUCAAGGUCGACAUGGGCCCUGUGCUGAAGGAGCUGCCAACCACUCUCACCCCGAUAGAGGAAUGGGCAAGAACUCAUCCGCCACCACCUCCCUUGAAGACAUAGAGUCACUACCUUCAGUUCUGGUUGGCGAAUGUAACAUAUUUUUCUUUCAUCUCAGAGACAGUCUAGUCCAGCAAAAACAUAAUGGUGUUUCCAUCUAAAUUGACGUCUCCACUCUAC